GACCUGCUUGCUUAGCUUCUAGGCAAGAGAACGAAGAGGGCGAGUUCUGAAGCUUUUGUCAUCAUAGCGGCAAAAACUCGCAAAGCCAAAAAAAAAAAAAAAAUCAUACAAAAUGCGUAAAGUAGCGAAAACACUCUUUAGGGAUCUUGCAUCGAACAAGAAAGAUCUCUCCAUCAUUUCAUUUCAAUUUACGCAAUCGUAAACUCAGAUCCGAAUCAAAUCAUAACCAGAUCCCGCUAAAGAUCUCUCCCUCUCUCUCUCUCUCUCUCACACUUUCUAAUUUUCUUCCUUUUUUUUACUCAAAACAAGAAAAAUUAAUAUAAUCAUAAUUUAAAUAAAAUAAUAAUUAUUAAUUUUUCUUUUUAUUCUCAAUUUUCUUCUUCUUCCCUCGCAAAUUCAACCUCCACAGAUUCACCACCAUGGCGCUUCAAUUCAACAAUCGAAGAACCGUUAUCGCUCUUCGUCUCUUUCUUCUUCUCUGCUUCGUCUUUCAAACCUUUGCUCAGGAUUCUCUAGCACACGACGAGAGGCAAGAUUCCGAUGGAUCUGUGGAUCUCGGUCGCCGCGCCAAAGUUGCGUUGAAUGAUAUAGAGAAUGGUUCGGUUAUUUCUCUUAGCUUGGAUUCAUCUGGCGUUGGACUAUUCGAUGCUUUCUUUGCUAGUUUAUCAAUGAUUCUCGUCAGCGAGAUUGGGGAUGAAACAUUUAUUAUAGCAGCUCUUAUGGCUAUGCGUCAUCCUAAGUCAAUUGUCUUGUCUGGUGCACUCUCCGCCUUGAUUAUAAUGACGGUACUUUCUACUGGACUAGGAAGGAUUGUGCCAAAUUUGAUUUCAAAGAAGCAUACAAAUAGUGCUGCCACAGUUCUCUAUCUUUUCUUUGGGUUACGACUGCUGUACAUUGCUUGGAGAUCAGAUCCAAAAUCUUCACAGAAGAAAGAAAUGGAAGAAGUUGAAGAAAAACUAGAAAGUGGACAAGGGAAAACUUCAUUUCGGCGGUUCUUUUCAAGAUUUUGUACACCCAUAUUUUUGGAGUCUUUUGUUUUAACAUUCCUUGCUGAGUGGGGUGACCGUAGCCAGAUUGCAACAAUUGCACUGGCAACACACAAAAACGCACUCGGAGUAGCAACUGGGGCCACUAUAGGACACACAAUCUGUACCUCAGUGGCAGUGGUGGGAGGAAGCAUGUUGGCAUCUAGGAUUUCCCAGCGUUCUGUAGCCACUGUCGGUGGCCUUCUCUUCCUUGGUUUUUCUUUGUCUUCUUACUUCUACCCUCCGCUAGAUUAAUACAAGUGCAGAUUAAUCUUAUUCCUAAUGGCUUGUUUGUGCUCCUUUUUACCUUAAUUUUUUUUACUCGAUGGUUGUCCUUGCUAUAGAAUUUGUUUUGUUGUAUGUAUGUAGUAUCUACUCCCUAGGAAAGCUCGAUCCUAAUUGGAAUAUAAGAUUUUGUAUCCCAUUCUUUUUUGUAAAAUAUAUUUUUUAAUAGACAGCCAUUGUUAUUGUCA